CUCCUUCGGAGCCUCCCCUUCGCGGGUGCUCCACCGUCCUCCCAAUCCUAGCAUGUCAUUACGAUGCCGAGCCGCAUCACGUUCCCCUUCCUCGCCCUCGUCGUCGCCGCCGCCGCCUUAUUCCCCUCCUCGUCCUCCCAACAACCCGCCGCGCCUCCACAACCCAGAGGGUUCUACAUAAGCUGCGGGUCGGACAAGGAUGUGCAGGUAGGGAGCAUCAAGUGGGUCCAGGAUGAGGGCUUCAUCGGCGUCGGCAACGCCUCGGCCAUCAACAAGCCCAACCUCCUCCCGUUGCUCGCCACCCUGCGCUUCUUCCCCGACGCGACGGCGCGCAAGUAUUGCUACGAGCUCCCCGUCGUCAAGGGCACGCGCUACCUCGUCCGCACCACCUACUUCUACGGCGGCUUCGACGGCGGCAAGGAUCCCCCCGUGUUCGACCAGAUCGUCGACGGCACGCGUUGGAGCGCCGUCAACACCACGGAGAACUACCGCCGCGGCAUGUCCACCUACUUCGAGAUCCUGGCGGAGGCGCAGGGUAAGAUCAUGAGCGUGUGCCUGGCGCGCCGCCCCGACACGGCGUCCAGCCCCUUCAUCUCCGCGCUCGAGGUCAUCGACCUCGACGACUCCAUGUACAACACCACCGACUACGGCAGGUACGCCAUGAGCACCGUCGCGCGCAGCCGAUUCGGCAGCAAGGGCGAGAUCGUCAGCUAUCCAGAUGACGAGUACAACCGGUACUGGGCGCCGUUCACGGACGCCAACCCGACCGUGGAGAGCCACUCCCCCAUCUCGCCCGGCGACUUCUGGAACCUGCCGCCGGCCAAGGCGCUCAGGGCCGGGGUCACCACCAGCCGGGGGAAGAAGCUCACCGUGCUGUGGCCGCCGGCGGAGCUGCCCGCGGCGACCUACUACGUGGCGCUAUACUUCCAGGACCCGCGCACCGCCAGCCCCUACAGCUGGCGCGUCUUCGACGUCGCCGUCAACGGGAAGGAGUUCUUCCGGGGGCUCAACGCCUCCGCCGCCGGCGUCAUGGUCUACUCCAACAUGAUGCAGCUGUCAGGGAGGACGGAGAUCCUGCUCACGCCCAACCAGACGUCCCCCGUCGGCCCGCUCAUCAACGCUGGGGAGAUCUACCAGAUUGUCCCGCUCGGCGGCAAGACGGCCACUAGAGAUGUGGUUGCAAUGGAAGAUCUUGCUAUGAGUCUCAAGAACCCACCGCCCGACUGGGCUGGAGACCCUUGCUUGCCACAGCAACACUCAUGGACUGGGGUUGAAUGCUCCCAGGGAUCACCCGUGCGAGUCUUGUCACUGGAUCUAAAAAAUCAUGGUCUUUCAGGAUCGCUUCCCGACAGCAUUGGAAAUUUGACAGGGAUGAAAACCAUCAAUCUCAGUGGCAACAAACUCUCAGGCUCCAUACCUGACAUGAGCAGCAUGCACACCUUAACUGCCUUGCACCUUGAUGGCAAUCAGUUCAGUGGAACGAUCAACCCAUCAAUGGAAAAGCUCGUCAAUCUUAAGGAACUAUACCUGAACAACAACAAUCUCACGGGCAAGAUACCAGACGGCCUGAAAAACAAACCUGGACUUGAUUUGAGAACUGAGGGGAACAAAUUUGAAUGAGACAGGCAAGGAGGAAGUAUCCUGAUGCUAAAUCACUAUUUCUCAAUAUGAUGCUGCACCCAUGAACACAGAAGACCACAGUUUAAUGAUGAAGGGAGAGGACUGAAGGCUUCAAUACUUGUAGGAUGAUAUUGGUGUCUGGUGUAUGAGAGCUGAAGAUUGAUGUUAUAUCCAGCA